UCCUUUGGUAUCCCUCUGUUCCCUCCACAGAUCUCGCAAACAAACACCAAGACGGACAGACAAAAUAAACUCUGUUUUUUCUUUCCCCUGUUUCUCCUCUAUUUUCUUCUUCCCUUCAACUCUGUUUUUGUCCUGUUUCUCUUUCUUUCUCUAUGUUUCUCUCUUCUUUCCCAGAUUGAUUGCUUACCUUUUGGUAUGAUGUGGGGAUGAUUUCCCAUUUUUGACCCAGACCUUUUUCUCUGAUCUGGGUCAAUCUUGGUUUCAAGAUAAAUGGGUUGUGUUCCCUCCAAACAUGGUGGCAAUGUGGUGGCAGCCUCCCCUGUUUCAGUGGUUCACAACAAUAGCCAUGGUUUGAUAUUUGCUUCUUCUACAUCAUUAAAACAACAAUCUGGGAGGAUAGAGAUUGAUAGAGAUGAUGAGAAAUUGGAUGAAAAUGGCAAAACUAUUAACCAUGAUCAUCCUAAGAGAAGUCGAGAGUUGAGGAAAUCAAAGAGGGGGAGUUCUAGUAGGAAGAAUGGCUCUUUUAGCUUCAAAUUAGGCUUUUCUCAUAGGUUUGUGGAGGCGGAACAGGUUGCAGCCGGGUGGCCUGCUUGGCUUAGCUCAGCUGCUGGUGAAGCUGUACAUGGUUGGGUGCCUCUGCAGGCUGAUGCCUUUGAGAAACUGGACAAGAUUGGACAAGGUACAUACAGUAGCGUAUUCCAAGCACGCGAAGUUGAAACUGGGAGGAUGGUUGCCUUGAAGAAGGUGCGGUUUGACAACUUUCAACCAGAAAGCAUUAGGUUUAUGGCUCGAGAAAUAACAAUUCUACGCAGGCUUGAUCAUCCAAACAUCAUGAAAUUGGACGGUGUAAUCACAUCUCGGUUUUCAAGUACUGUAUACCUUGUAUUUGAGUACAUGGAGCAUGAUCUUGCUGGCCUAUCUUCUUCUCCUGAUCUCAAGUUCAGUGAGGCACAGGUCAAGUGCUAUAUGAAGCAGCUAUUAUUGGGACUUGAGCAUUGCCAUUUGCGAGGCAUAAUGCAUCGAGAUAUUAAAGCAUCUAACAUUUUGGUAAACAAUCAAGGAAUUCUGAAAUUGGGGGAUUUCGGAUUGGCAAACAUCCUUACUUCAAGGAACAGGCAACAAUUAACUAGUCGAGUAGUAACUCUAUGGUAUCGCCCUCCUGAACUUUUGAUGGGAUCAACAAGUUAUGAAGUCUCAGUGGAUCUAUGGAGUGUAGGCUGUGUUUUUGCAGAACUUCUUAUGGGAAAGCCUAUCCUUAAAGGGAGAACUGAGGUUGAACAACUGCAUAAAAUUUUUAAGCUAUGUGGCUCCCCACCUGAUGAUUACUGGAAAAAGAUUAGGCUUCCUCAUUCAACCAUGUUUAAACCUCAGCAUCCUUAUGAAAGUUCUCUCCGAGAAAGGUGUAAAGAUAUAAGUGCAAGUGCAAUGAACUUGUUAGAAGCUCUUCUUUCUGUAGAACCUCACAAACGUGGGACUGCCUCUUCAUCACUGAUGUCUGAGUAUUUCCACACAAAACCCUAUGCCUGCGAUCCGUCAAGCUUGCCAAAGUAUUCACCUAACAAAGAAAUUGAUGCUAAACUGCGCGAUGACUUGCGAAGGAAGAAAUACGGAUCUAGAAUCCGAGAUUCUGGAGUACCAAGAAAAACAAGAAGAUCUCGUAAAUCUUUGCAGGAAGCUAACAAUUUCGGUAAAACAGUGCCAAAAGAGGAACUGCUAGACAACACUCAAUUUGCUGGUAAGAACCAUGGUUUUAAUGCAAACAAUCCAAAGGGAAGAGAAGGUACUGCUCAUAGAGGGCAGCUGAAUUUGUCGUUUGAUACAAGGUCAGAGACUUCUCAAGUUACAACUGUAUCUCAAGGUGAUAUUUUCACAGCUCCACCACCAGUGGCAGGAUCAAGCAGCUUUUCCUGGGCAAAGAAGAGAAAAGAUUCCACAACAUCUACACUUUCUUACAAUCAGCCUUCUUCAUUGUAUCAGCUUAGUGAUGCAGAUUCAUCCAGCUUCACCUUUUCAAAUACUAACAUCCUUAACUUAAUAAAACAUGAGAAUCAAGAUGUUCCUGAAGGUGUUUCUACCGAUGCUCCCAGGGAGCAGAAACAGCAGAUAACCGGAUUGAACCAACUGGUGCAAAACAAGUUUGAUAGGUCAGAUAUUUUUUAUACAAGUGAUGUGUUCCAUCAGGAAGAUGUAACUGCCACAAAUAAUAACAUGGGAAAAGUUGGUUAUUCAGGACCAUUAGUCACGGAAUCAGAUAAAGUCGAUGAACUCCUGCAAUGGAAUGAAAAUCAUAUCCGGCAAGUAGCUCGAAGAUCAAGGUUUUCAUAAAGGUAUGGCAAAGCCAAGUUUCUGCAUUCCAGUUGUUAUGGCUAAUCACCAGGAAAAGUGAUGAAAAAAAUUUUUUUUGGCAGAGAAUUCAAGCAAGGGUUUCUCUCUAGAAGAGGAAAAUCCUUUGGCGUAGCUGAGAUGCAAAGCAGGAAAUUAUUUAUACAGGCUUUCAAUGAAGGAAACAAUGAACAUAAAAUUCAUUGUCCUGUUCUUAACACUAAGCUCAAACAACACAUAUUCUUUGCUAUCUUUGUCUUGCAUUUUUAGCCCACAUUAUGAGCUCAAAAUAAAUUGUAUCAAAAGAAAAUUUUAAACAUAUUCAAUACAGAGCUAUGAUUUAAAAAAAAAAAAAAAAAACCCCAUAAUUUUGCAGUUUUAAGCAAAAUUUAUUUUCCCUUAAAAAGUCAAGUAUGCAUAAAAAUGGAUCCAAAAAAAAAAAA